CAGCUUACAACACGGUCAAUGCUGGACUGUAUACGCAGCUUUUAGAACAAUGCAUCCCGCAAAAAAAUCCCAAAAGAUAAGAGCCAGGACUGCUGAACAGCUAAAAUCUUUCAUCAGAUAAGAACAUUUCCUCUAAAAACUCCAGCAACCCGUCUCCUCGGUCCCUGAUUGUUGUAAUCUGUAAGGUCAAAAACAGAAACAGAGGACAGUGAUGUGAAGCUCUGUGAUCACUCUUUUAACUGCUUCAAAAAAGGUAAAAAAAGAUUUAUUGUAAAGGGUUUUGUCACCAACAGCUUAGUUCAAGAGUUUCUGAAGAAAUCGGACCCAGACUUGUGAAAACCCAUAUAAAAGGAUUUAGCUCAAUCAGGUGUUCUGAUCAGCUGGUUAUUUUCUGCUUGAACCCGAGUGAAAGAGCUGAACUGCCACACUGAUGAUCCCCAGCCUUGCUCAGUGAAUGCGCUCUCUUCGCACACAGUGAGGUUUGGAAGGCGUACGGUGGGAUGGAGAGGGAGAGCAGGAGCUGUUAGAGGGGAGGGCAUUCACAGUCGUCAGCAAACAGGCAGUCAUGCUUUCUCCCCGAUUUCCUCUCUUUCUCCCUGCCGCCCCCCUCCCUCCUCCCCACACUUUGUCGCUCUCUCACCUCUCUCCUCCAGAGAAGUCAGCAUCGGCUACAGCCUGUUUAGACCCCCUCCUCCACCCCGCAGCCUCAAUUUUUUUCACUCUCCCCUGCGCUGAGUGAGACUUCUGCUGCUGCCUCUUCUUCCUCCUCCUCCUGCUCAUCUUCAGACCACCAUGGUGAACAGAUAACCGCCCGGCUGCGCUGAGACCAUGGGUGCCUGCCUCUGCAGAGGUCACAAAGAGCUCCAACUUCCCCUGUCGACGCUGCACCAGACUGAGGAGGGUCAGCCAUCUUCCUUAAAGGAUGGUCAGAAUCCCUCUAACGGCACCGUAACAGAUAAAUCCAGCCACUAUGACAUCGGGGAGCUGGCUACAUCGUCUUUAAUGGGCCUGGUGGCCACAAUAAAGGAGCAUAUCACCAAGCCGACGGCAAUGGCCCAGGGGAGAGUGGCUCACCUGAUUGAGUGGAAAGGUUGGGGUGGCUGUGGCGAGGCUGGGGGAGGUGGCGCCGGCUGGAGCAGAGGUUGGAAUAAAGGAGGCGGCGGCGGGUGGGGGGGAAUGGGGACCGAGCUGCAGGAGGAUGAGCAGUACUACUCCCAAAUGACRGAUGAGUUCAAGGAGGCUCGCUUCGCAGCAGGUGUAGCGGAGCAGUUUGCCCUGGCUGAAGCAGCGAUGAAUGUUUGGUCCAUGGGCGAUAACUUAGAGCAGCCAUCCACCAGCGUACAAG